AUGUUGUCGGUAGUAAAGUUCCUGGUUGCUACUCAUGGCAUAGCGUUGGGCUGGGGCAAGGCAAUUGACCUCGGCGCUAACGACCAACAACACUCCCCAGAAGCUCGAUGGAUCACGCAGUCUUACCGCGUCGGGGAAAGCUUCACCUACGACUCGGACAUGCUUGCCAUCACCAAGAUCUCUGAAGCCAGUAACGUCAGUCCGAUCAUAGUGACCUCAACGCUGUAUAUUUCUGUGUAUCACGGCACCACAGACGAAUCCGCCCACCCCACCGCCACAUCAAUGUACGAUGAUGAGGGUGUCGUGGCUGUGGCGAUCAGCACCAGCAGCGGAGCUACGUCGUUGAUCGACGUAUCUUUUACCGAUAGUCAUGUGACCCCACCUAGUACAGCAUCCACAAAGACGCAUAGCAGUGCUUCUUCGACAAGCAGCGCUACUGCAGACUCGCAGACAUGGGUGGAUGCUCACAAUAGACCUCGAAGUCAAUAUGGAGCUGCGAAUCUUGUCUGGGAUGAUCAACUGGCAGUCGUCGCUCAACAGCAUGCUAACUUGUGCAACAAAGAGCACACCAAAGCGGCCGAAAACCUCCAGUGGGGUUCCGCUGCAUACAAUUGGAACAAGCCAGGGUAUUCAGAAGCUACUGGUCAUUUUACCCAGGUUGUGUGGAAGGAUACCAAGCGUGUUGGUUGCUACAUUGCCCAAUGUCCCCAAGGCUCAGUAGUCGAUGAAAAGUACACUACGAGCUUCCAGACAGCAUGCGAGUAUGAUCCCGCGGGAAAUUAUGUCAAUGAAGGGGAGUUUGCGCAGAAUGUUGGAAAACUUGUUAGCUAA